ACUCCUUCCACUGUUCUUUCAUAUAAACCACGGCGAGGCUCUGCCUCCACCACUUGAAAAGAAAUUCCUCCUCUUAAUUUAUAUUCAAUUUAGGGUUUAAUUUAUCUCUAAAUCAAUCCAUGGCUUCUACGAGAAAAGAUGUGGAUCGGAUUAAAGGUCCAUGGAGCCCCGAAGAAGACGAGGCGUUACAGAGAUUAGUCCAAACCUAUGGACCAAGGAACUGGUCUCUGAUAAGCAAAUCAAUCCCUGGUCGAUCUGGGAAAUCAUGCAGGUUGCGAUGGUGCAACCAGCUAUCCCCUGAGGUCGAGCACAGACCAUUUAGUGCUGAAGAAGAUGACACAAUCAUCAGGGCCCAUGCUCGUAUCGGCAACAAAUGGGCCACCAUCGCCCGCCUUCUCAAUGGGCGCACCGAUAACGCUAUCAAGAACCACUGGAACUCAACCCUCAAGAGAAAAUGUUCCUCCAUGUUUGAUGACUUAAACGACGACGCACAACAACAGCCUCUUAAAAGAUCCGCAAGUCUCGGGGCGGGUUCGGGUCUACACUUGAACCCGAGUAGCCCAUCCGGAUCCGAUUUGAGCGAUUCAAGUAUACCCGGCGUGAAUUCAUCUCCCGUUUUCAGGCCGCCAGCCAAGACCGCCUCUCUUGUCCCACCUAGUUUGUCGAUUGACGUGUCCUCUCCGACCGUCGAUCCACCGACUUCAUUAUCUCUGUCUCUGCCUGGAUCCAUUACUUGUCAGACUCCGGGUUCUGGCUCAAGUUCUGGAUCCCAUGUUGUUAACCCGACACCUAUGGUGCAAACAGCUGCUGCACCCCCACAAGCUGCAGUGGCUGUGCAGCAACAGGAGCAAGUUUCAUUUCUGCAACAGAAGAAUCCUGGGUCUCGACUUGAGAACCAGUUUUUCAGCGCUGAGUUUUUAGCAGUCAUGCAAGAGAUGAUAAGGAAGGAAGUGAGGAACUAUAUGUCUGGGAUUGAGCAAAAUGGGCUCUGUUUGGGAACAGAGGCUAUAAGGAACGCUGUGGUUAAACGAAUUGGUAUUAGCAGAAUCGAGUAGCCAAGCAGAAGAGAAGUAGAUUGUUAGUGACGGCCAUGAUCAUGAUCAUCUGGGCACGAUGAUGAAGCAGCUGAGUUGAGUCGGAGAGAGAAUGAGAGGAGGGCAAAAAGGAGAAAAAACUGUUUUUUUUUUUUUUUUUAAUUUGUUUUCUUUAAAGUUGCUUUAAUCGUUGCUUUAUACAGAAGUAAUAAUUUUGGUAGUGUACAGAGCAGUUUUCUUCGGCAGGGAAGAAGAGGAUCUCGAAGGAACAAAAUUUCUUUUGAAUAUAAAUUGAAAAAAAAAAAAACAAUCUUUCCUUUUA